GCCAGAUUAAUGUGGGAUUUGAGCACCUGACCAAGUUACGGGAAACUGCUGAUCACUGGAAGAACGCGCGCUGGAACCUUUCAAUUUAAUUGCUAAUGGAUUAAUGAAGCGUAAUUCUUAUUUUUGCCUUGCUGUCUCUUUUAAAGUCAGAGAUGAUGGUCUGAACUCAAGUACUCGACUGAUCUCUGUUUUAUUUGGCAGUGCUUUGUAAUGAUCUUCUAAUGUUUAGAAACUGAAGGAUGUUCACCAAGAGUCCAAAUGAGCUGUCAAACUAAUGAUCUGUAAUGUAUUGUGCCUUUAAAAAAUAGCGAGCCAGACUGACUAGAAAUAAUAGAGUUUAACUGAACAAUUUAACUUGAAGAGCAAAAGGUCAUAUUUUAUGAGCUUAUAUAGCUACGGCCGUCUGUCAAUGUCAGGUCACUGCAGGUUUGUUUCCUGUCCAUCGACAUUAUUUGCAAAGGUUACGAAGUAGGCCUACAGCAGUUUCUGUGUUGUUAAACAUGAGAAAAUCUUUUUUCAAACGAGCAAAGGUAUUGCCUUGGAUAAGUAAUGUGACUCUGUACGGAUGCUUGUUCGCCGGCGGGGAUUUCGUGCAUCAGUGCGUGAUCGCGCAGAGAGAUCAGAUGGACUGGAGGCACACGAGGAACGUGGCGAUCGUGGCGCUGAGCUUCCAGGGGAACUUCAAUUACUUCUGGCUGAGAGCUUUAGAACAUCGUUUCCCGGGAAGAUCGGCCGGGAUGAUUUUCCGCAAACUGCUUUUGGACCAAACUUUUGCUUCACCUUUGGCGACCAGUGUCUUCUACACAGGUGUGAGUUUCUUGGAGGGCAAGGAGGACAUAUUUGCAGACUGGCGAGAAAAGUUUUUUAAUACAUAUAAGACUGGACUGAUGUACUGGCCAUUCAUGCAGUUUCUGAAUUUUGUUCUGAUGCCUCUGUACCUGAGGACAGCGUUUAUGGGCUGUUCAGCGUUCCUGUGGGCCACGUUCUUAUGUUUCUCACGACAGAGUGGGGACGGCACGGCAGCAAUGGCCUUAGCUUGGAUCAUGGCCCCCAAAAAACAGCUUCUAGCUCGCAGUACAGACGAGGGGAAAUAGAGACACAAUGGCGCACAUUAACAACAUUGUGUUUUUGUAGAUGGACAGUUGAGUCCCAGAAGCAUUGACGCUGUGUUGUGUUUAUAAAUCUUGUCGCUUAUAAUCUUAUUAAGAGUGAUAUUAAAUUAACAUAUUUGUGUACUUUAUAUUUAUGUUGAACAAGCCCAUUUUACUUUAUAUAGUUUUAUGUGAUUCAGUGUAUUUAUUUAUUACUGAAGGGACAUGCAUUGUGUAUUUAUGAUUUUCACUGGGUGGGUUGGAGGGGCCUUGUGACAUUUGUGCCCCAGGUUAGGUUGCCAUUCAACCCAAAUACCUUAUUAAUUUAUUGAAAUAUUUAAAAAUGGUCAUACUGUGCAGUGUUUUAUCCAAAUGUUACUGUCUUUCUAAAGAUAAAUAAAGAUGCAUUCACUCACAUAACAUACACAUGUAUUUGUAAGGGAUGCAGUUUUAAAAAGAUUUGUAUCUUAUUAAACUUGUAAUAGAA